AUGUCGUCUUCAGGUAUUUCCGAUUGUCGUUUGAUAUACGAGGAGCAGGCAUAUGAUACAACAUACCUUGGAAAUCUGUAUGAUAGUCAUUUGACAAUGUUAACUGAUGAACAACGCACUGUUUUUGAAGAGAUUAUGGCAGCAGUAAACAGUAAAACUUUUCUAUGGAAAACAUUGUCCGCUGCAAUUAGAUCAAGAGGUCAAAUCGUGUUAAAUGUGGCUUCCAGUGGAAUUGCAUCGUUGUUGUUAGAUGGUGGCAGGACUGCACAUUCCAGGUUUAGCAUACCGUUGAAUCUUACUGAAGAUUCCGUAUGCCAUAUAAAACCAGAAAGUGAUUUGGCUAAAUUACUUCACGAGACUAAAUUGAUAAUUUGGGAUGAAGCACCUAUGGUUCACAAACAUGCAUUUGAAGCGCUCGACAGAACAAUGAAUGACGUUUUCAACAUUGACACAUCUCUAAAUUCUGAAAUCCGCUUUGGAGGUAAAGUUAUUGUUUUUGGAGGGGAUUUUAGACAAAUAUUACCUGUUGUUCCAAAUGGUGGCAGACAAGAGAUUGUUAAUGCCUCCUUAUGUUCGUCUUAUUUGUGGAGUAAAUGUAAAUUGCUAAGACUAACUAGAAACAUGAGGUUAACGGUUGGAAGAUCUACGGCUGAUGUUGAUGAAAUAAAUAGUUUUGGCAAAUGGCUUUUGGAUUUGGGUGAGGGUAACGUUGGUGGUCCAAAUGAUGGAGAAGCAACUAUUGAAAUACCACGAGAUCUUUUGAUUACUGAUCCAUCUGAUCCAAUUGGAAGUUUAAUUGAUUUUGUUUAUCCAUCAAUCUUGGAAAACGUAGACGCCCAUAACUAUUUUAGUGACCGGGCCAUACUUGCACCUAAAAAUGAAGUUGUUCAUGAGAUUAAUGACAGGUUGCUAGCAAUGUUUCCUGGUGAAGAAAAAGAGUAUCUUAGUUCUGACAGUCUUUGUCCGUCUGAAGAUGUAAAUUCUACACAACAAAGACUUUACUCUCCAGAUGUGCUCAAUGGUCUUAAAAUACCUGGCCUACCUAAUCAUAGGUUAGUCCUUAAAGUUGGUGUUCCAGUCAUGUUAUUAAGAAAUAUUGAUCAACGGAAUGGAUUGUGCAAUGGUACAAGGCUACAAGUAAAGAAGCUGCACAACCGUGUAAUAGAAGCAGAGAUAAUAUCUGGUUCAAAUAUUGGUACUUGCACAUAUAUCCCUCGAUUAAACUUGAUACCUUCUGAUAAAAAGAUUCCUUUCUCUUUUCAAAGAAGACAAUUUCCACUGGCCGUAUGUUUUGCAAUGACCAUCAACAAAAGUCAAAGUCAAUCUCUUUCAAGAGUAGGUUUGUACCUCAAACAACCAGUCUUCUCUCAUGGUCAGUUGUAUGUUGCCUUAUCAAGGGUGAAAACAAGAAAUGGUGUGAAGAUACUCAUACUUGACAACAAUGGAAAACCUACGGAUAAAACAACUAAUGUGGUGUAUAAAGAGAUAUUCAACGAUUUAUGA